CGGGGCCUCUUAUCAGAGAGAUUCUGAACUGAACGCAGAAACCCAUGAAAGGCAUCAAACCAUGACCUUACAGCUUAAAACCAAAGCCCGACUCUUCGACCUGCACUGCUCUGUUGGCCUGACGGACUGGGACAUGGACAAGGAGCUGAAACUGGCAACAACCACGGAUCAGUUUGACCACGAUGACAAACUGAAUGAUCAAUAUGUGGUCCAGAGGCCUUCUUCAAGAGCCUCGAGAAGAAAAGACGAAUUCAUUUGGUACGAUAAAACAUCAGACACCUUUGUAAAGCCAAACCUGUGGCUGCUGGUGAAUCCCAAUAUUGCCAGCCCUAUCCAGUACGGAGACAAUUCAGCAGAUCUGCAGACGCCCUGUGAACCUGCUGAUGAAAUCCAAAAACCACCACGGAACCCAGCAGGGACUCGACAACUCGCCACAGAGCUCCACACGUGUGCCCCCCAUGGUGCUCCUCUCAAGCACGAGAUGCUGCACUCCACUGACUACAUGAUCAAGAAUGAAGACGUCUCCUGUGCACCAGCCAAGAACAGACGCAAGGGAAGAACCCCGAAGACCAGGGACAGUAGGACCCUGAAGCCAGGAUGCUGGCCUCGUCCACCUGUGAACUACUGCAUCCUCAUCGCAUUGGCGCUCAAGAGCAGCCAUACUGGGAGCCUCAAAGUCCAGCAGAUUUACAACUUCACCAGAGAGCACUUCCCAUUCUUUCAGACUGCCCCAGAUGGCUGGAAGAACACCAUCAGACACAACCUGUGCUUCAACAACAGCUUCCGCAAAACCUGCAACCAGCUGUGCCGAGAUGGCAAGAGGAAGUCGUGUUUCUGGCACCUGACUCUGGACGGCCACCGUCGGCUGAAGGACGAGAUUAGCACGUUGACUGGAGAAUCCUUCAAGCAGCUGGAGAAGAGCAUGUCCCGCCCAGAUGUAAUUCAGAGUUUAUUUGCAGUGUAAAUCAAUGCAUAAUAAAACCUUCUAUACGGAAAGUAUCUGUAUUUUUUUUCAGUUAUGCUGUGUACAUUUAUGAAUG